AAUCUAGAGUUUUUGAAAACAAUAAUUACAAACCUAAAAUUACAAUUCUAAAUAAAAGAGAAAACAUGUUAUCUUCUGCCUAAACUUCCUAUUUAUAUAGUUAUUGUUAAUAUGUUGUUUAAAAAUGUUUGGUAUGCAGCUGAAUUGACGUUAAGCUGCAAACCGUUACUUCUACGACGAGCUCCAAAUAGUUUUCAAUAUGCAAGAAUACAAUGUCGAAACACAUUUUCCCGGCGACGGAGGCCUAUGUCAGAUGCAAAUCCAUUAGAUUUUGCUCAUGUCGAUGCAGGACCUUUAAAUUCUAAAACUUUGUUGAGACCAUUCCUGUUUACAAUAGGGGUUACAUCAGCUAGCAUCGCAGGUUGUGUUAUUUGGGAAUAUGAAAACAUAAGAGCCCAUGCCACCUCUUUUAUGAGAAAACCUAGCAGUUGGAUUAAUGCCCAGCAGAAAAAAAUUGUAUCACAAUUUAAAACUGAACCAGGCCCUAUUAGAAAAUGGUGGAAUUCUCUAAGAGAAAGUGAAAAGGUCUUUUACCCCAUACUGGCAGCCAACCUUCUUGUAUUCGGAGCAUGGCGAGUUAGAGCAUUUACACCUACAAUGUUAAAGUACUUCUGCUCAAAUCCAUCUGGCCAAGCACAGUGCUUGCCAAUGGUGUUUUCCACAUUCAGCCACUACUCUACAUUACAUUUGGCUGCUAAUAUGUAUGUGUUAUACACUUUUAUGCCAGCUGCUGUGGCAUCUUUAGGCAAAGAGCAGUUUGUUGCCUUGUACUUGAGUGGUGGUGUAAUUAGCAGUUUUACCAGCUUCCUCUAUAAAGUAAUGCUAAACCAGCCUGGACUUAGUCUUGGAGCCUCUGGCGCAAUAAUGUCAGUGUUAUCCUUUGUUUGUGUGACAUAUCCUGACACGAAAUUAAGCAUAAUAUUCUUACCGAUGUACACCUUUGCUGCAGGCACAGCAAUUAAAUUUAUAAUGGGCCUUGACUUGGCGGGGAUAACGCUGGGGUGGAAGCUGUUUGAUCAUGCUGCACAUCUGGGAGGAGCGCUUUUUGGAAUAGCUUGGUGUUAUUGGGGAAGUCUGAAUAUUUGGGGCAACAGAGACAAAUUCUUGCAGUAUUACCAUCACAUAAGAAAAGAGUCGAAAUGAUGAAAGUCAUAAAUUUUUAUUUUGUCGCUAUCAGAUUUUACCGCCAACUAUUUUUGUUACUUCUGUUGACAAUACCUUUGUAAUAUAAAUCUGUUAGAUAGGUAUAUUCUUCAAUAAAAAACAU